UACCAGAAACAUGAUGGCUCAGGAACUGCUCGAAAAUGAAUCUGUGAGCUUCUCUAUCCAAAUAGAGGCAGAAUCUUCCAAUAAAUUAAAGAAUGAUCAUAAGUUUCAUGAUGUUAUAGAUGAAAAAGAUGAUGAUCUUUUAUAUACUGAUGAUUUGAAAUACUUUCACCAAACGUUUAAUAUUACUGGAGUUCGCCUAUUGUUUGUGGACCAUUCUGGAUAUAUGGUUUUGAUUUUAGAUGAUCGUGGCUUUAUGUUUGUAUGGGACGAGAUGUCACAAGACUUGGAUUAUUUGGGAAACAGUUUGAGAGAAGGCUUUACAAACUUAAUCUACCAUUUGGAGAAAAUAUGCGCUAUAAUGGAGUUCACUUGUGAGCUGAUACCGAGAGAAGAACUUAGACGUCAAAUAAGAGAAAAGCUACGUGAUCUCAAGUUCUAA